GCUUCUUGAAGAUAAAAGAGAGUAGAUAUAUACUUGAUACUACCAUGGCUCCCAUUGUUGCAUUUUUCUUGAGCUCAGUUCUUAUAUUUUCAGUGUUUUCUCCAGUGAAUUCACUUAGCUAUAAUUACUACCAAAAAACAUGCCCUCAUGCUGAAUCAAUGAUUGCUUAUGCUGUCAAGACUGCAACGUCGAAAGACAAAACAGUUCCAGCAGCACUACUCCGGUUGCAUUUCCAUGACUGUUUUAUCAGGGGCUGUGAUGCUUCUGUGUUGCUAAACUCACAUGGGAGCAACAAAGCAGAAAAAGAUGGGCCACCUAAUCUUUCCUUGCAUGCACUUUAUGUCAUUGACAGUGCAAAAAAAGACUUGGAGACUUGGUGCCCUGGCGUGGUCUCAUGCGCUGAUAUUGUGGCUCUUGCUGCCAGGGAUGCUGUUGCCCUAUCUGGAGGUCCAAGUUGGGAUGUGCCAAAAGGAAGGAAAGAUGGAAGAACAUCAAAGGCUAGUGAAACAGUCAAAUUGCCAGCUCCAACCUUCACCAUAUCUCAACUGCAACAAAGCUUCUCUCAAAGAGGUUUGUCCUUAGAUGAUCUAGUUGCUCUUUCAGGAGGGCAUACUCUAGGAUUUUCCCACUGUUCAUCCUUCCAAAACAGAAUCCACAACUUCAAUGCCACGCAUGACGUCGACCCCUUGAUAAAUCCAUCCUUUGCUUCAAAGUUAAAGGGUGUUUGUCCCAAAAACGGUAAGUCAAAGAAUGCCGGUACCACCAUGGAUCCCUCUUCAACAACCUUUGAUAACACGUACUACAAGUUGAUCCUCCAAAAGAAGGCCCUGUUCUCUUCGGACCAAGCCCUGCUCAGUAAUCCGAAAACGAAGAACUUGGUUAAAAAAUUUGCCACUUCAAGGGAAGCUUUUAGCAAGGCCUUUGUGAAUUCUAUGAUCAAGAUGAGCAGUCUCACUGGUGGACAGGAGAUUAGGAAGAAUUGUAGGGUAGUAAAUUAAUAGUUUCUUAGCCUAGUCUAUUUUAAACUAUGAUAGCUUAGUAAUAAUAACCCCCCCCCCCCCCCCCUUCUUUUCUGUCUUGUAUGUUCCAAAUCAAACCACAACUAUGUAGCAAUUUGCAAUAAUAAAUUUCAAGAAUAUUAGUAUCAUA